AUGAGAGCGGUUGCCGCGAGUAGAUUCUACUCGUCGCUGUCUACCGGGGAUGACUCCACCAUCUACGCUCUUUCCACAGCGCCCGGACGAGCAGCCAUAGCAAUCGUGCGAGUGUCUGGCCCAGCAUGUCUCGACAUCUACAAGGCGCUCUGUCCAGGGAAACCGGCUCCCAGGCCGAGAUAUGCUACUUUGAGGACCAUUUAUGAGCCAUUCAAUGCCGCGCACGACGAGAAUGUGCUCGACCCGAAUGCGCUCAUCUUCAACUAUCCCGCCCCUCGCACAGUCACGGGCGAAGACGUGUUGGAACUCCACAUCCACGGCGGCCCAGCGACCACGAAAGCAGUCCUAGCUGCGAUUCCUCGCUGCACCACCGCCUCGAAACGCACGCGGUAUGCGGAGCCGGGGGAGUUCACGCGCCGGGCCUUUAUGAACGACCGGCUCGAUUUGACGCAAGUCGAAGCACUCGGAGAUGUCCUUUCGGCGACUACGGAGCAGCAGCGACGAUUAUCGGUUCGGGGGACGACGGAUAGACUCGCAAAGUUAUACGAAGGCUGGAGACAGCACCUGUUGUAUGCGAGAGGGGAGUUGGAGGCUCUAAUCGAUUUCAGCGAGGACCAGCAUUUUGACGAAAGUCCCGCGGAGUUGUGCGCUUCUGUCUCCGAGCAGGUUUUGGGGCUGCGUCGGAUGGUGUUGGCGCACAGCCACAAUGCCAUGAAGGGCGAGCUGCUGCGACAUGGCAUUAGCAUUGCUUUGCUUGGAGCGCCGAAUGCGGGGAAGAGUUCGUUGUUGAACUGCGUUAUUGGGCGAGAGGCGGCCAUUGUGAGUCAGGAGGCAGGGACUACGAGAGAUGUGAUUGAGGUUGGUCUGGAUCUUGGUGGAUACUUCUGCCGCUUGGGUGAUACUGCUGGGUUGCGAAAGCAUCAACAGGGACAUGGGGCAGGCAACGUUCAACCUAAGGAUCUCAUCGGCCAAAUCGAGGAAGAAGGAAUGAGGCGCACCAAAGCACGUGCUUCCGAAAGCGACGUCGUGAUUGUCGUGUUGAGUUUCGAGACAAAUGCAGCAGCAGCUCAAUUACGACUGGACCCAGAAGUGGUUUCAACCGCAUCUGAGCUCGUCCGAAGCAAAGACAACGUCGUCGUCGUAAUCAACAAAUCUGACCUGGCCACCAACCCUCAACAACUCGAACAAGCCAUCCAGACCACGAUGAGCGCGUUACCUGGAAUCACAGCAGACCGCAUCCACAUCAUCUCCUGCAAAGAAGCCGAGAACCCGCGCUCGUCCAAGUCCACUGCGCCAUCCAACAACAGCGGCAUCCAACCCUUCCUCCAAGGCCUCAUCAACUUCUUCGCCUCCCUGACAUCCCCAACAACCCCAGACGUCCCCGGCGCAGCCGAAGACCCUUCAAUGUGGCAAGACUCCCUGGGCGCAAGCGAGCGACACCGCUUACUGCUUGUGGACUGUGCCGAUCAUCUCGAGGCAUUUCUGUUGGCGGUAGAUCCGGCGUUGGAAAGCGUCGACGGCGGCGUUGAAGACCACGGAGACGCUGAUAUCGUGGUGGCUGCGGAGCAUCUACGAGCCGCGGCUGAUUGCUUGGCGAGGAUUACGGGCAAGGGCGAAGCGGGCGAUGUGGAGGAGGUACUUGGGGUGGUAUUUGAGAAGUUUUGCGUGGGGAAGUGA